UCCCCCAGUUCCCACCCCUGUGUGAUGUGGAAUCAUCCCCAAUAUCAGUACUGACCAUGAUAAUUGCAGAAAGAGUGAUAGUAGAAGUUAGCACUCCCUUUGAGUACCUGACUUGACACCACACUUUAUUCUCAUGGCAACCCAUUGAGGUAGGUUUACUAUGUCCCUGUUUUCCACAUGAGCAAACUGAGGCUUACAGAGGUCAAGGAACUUACCCAAGGUCACACAGCUGGUGAGGCAGAACAUGAUCACAAAUCCUGAAGGAUGAGCCAUGGUGAUGAUCAUGGCUUCACAUGGGCUGACAGGUGCCUCAGGUGACCUGCAUCUGUCUGUCAGUGUCUGGGGUUACUUAUUUAAUCUGUGAAAUGAUGGCCUCUGAUAUUUCUCAAGUUCCUUCCAGUCUGUGUCUUGUAAUUACAUUGCAGAGCCAGCCAAAAGGGGAACCAUUUUUUCUUAAAAUCUCGUAGUUGGUGUGAAGGGGCAUCACUUGGACUUGGACCCUCUGCAGUCUUCAAGUGCAUCAAAGGAGAUAGCCAUGCCUUUGUCCUCUACUCUGAAGAGCCUCCUCACCAUCUGUGUCCUUGCAGAUUUUGCUUUCAGCACCGUAGGGAAUUAUAAAUGUGCCGUCUGCUUUCGUAAUUCAUGUAUUGAUGAUGAGCAGAGGACAUGCGAAGCCUCUCAUGGCUGCUUCAACCACAAGCAGGAAUUAAAGUUGCCAGGGCAGAGCCCAAUAUUAAUCCAGGAGAAGGGCUGUUCUUUACAUGAGUGUGUUCCAUUGUCAUUUACGGCGUCACUGGGGAAUAAGCUACUUGGGUAUGGCAUUCAGUGCUGUCAAGAAGAGCUGUGCAACAAAGGGGACAUCCAAGUGUCUCAGAAUUCCUCAGUCCCCAAUGGCGUGAUAUGUCCUGCCUGCUACAUUGAGGAUGACGUUUCCUGUGAACCAGUCCCCCUCGCCUGCACAGGGACAGAGACAAAAUGCAUUGAGGUUUUCGGUUCAGUUUUUCCUGGAGUUGCAGUGUUUGCUCAGGGCUGUGCUACUGAAACUGCCUGCAACUUGAAGAAGAUGAGCAUAAUGGACACCACGAUGAUUCACACUUCCUGUAGAAACCACGGCAGUGGGAGUUCCCAGUGGUACCCAUUGUCUCACCAACUGAUUAGUUUCUUCCUGCUGAAAGUCUUGCUUUGAUCUCUCAGGCAUUGCUGAGCCCAUAAUCCUAGAAACCCAAAACAUUGGAUGCCUCAGAUAGCUUCCCUCCCAGUCUCCCAACAUUGCAGAAUUAAAGAUACUUCCAUAAGUAUGGGUGCAAUUACUUGUUUGCAUUUAGGUAAAAAAAAAAAUAAAACAUCACUUUUCUAAUGGUUACUUUCUUUAUCCAAAUUAGCAUGUUUCAGAUGACAUCUGAGAUGGCAGGGCUUUACACAGGGCCAGCUGUAAAUAUUACUGCCACUGUGAUGUUGAAAUAAAAUUUGUGAUGUUAAAAUAAAAUUCAAGAGGCCAUUAGAUUGAGGUGACUGAACUUGGCCAACCUCUGACCAACAAACCCAUUGGCUUGAUCGAAAUUAGAGAGACUGCUUGUGCUAAGAAGUGGAAACAAUGACAGCUAAUCAGAAGUAGACACCUUAAGAAGGAGCUUUCCACUGGAAACAGCCCCAGUAAGGCAAUGUAAUUUAGAUAUCUAAUCACACUAUUUCCUUGGUGUUUUUCUGUUUGCCCUGUAUAAGGGUCCCCUUUCCACUCCUUCAGUGGCGCCCCCCACCCCCCAUGGAGCUCCUUAACACUUUCAAUUUGGUGUUGCCUGAUUUGCAAAUCAUUUGUUGCUCAGAUAAACCUUCAUUAAAAUUUUAAAUUGCCUCAGCUAUCUCUCACAGUCAGUUAACAUGAGCUCUGCCACACACCCCUAGAACACACCUCUCUCCCAAUAUUCUUAAUUUCCACUACUAAUCUUCAGCUGCCCAUUUCCAAGGAAAAUGGUUUUAAAUGAACACUUCAGGGUCUGGAAAGGUCUUUCCCCACAAUUCGUAAAGUCCCAGGUAUAACAGAAUUACUCAGAGCCAUGCAUGUAGAAUUCUUGCCACAUACUCUACUUUCAAGGAUGGACAGUCCCGAGGGUGCCUGGGGCUGGGGGCACGUUCUGUUGCCUCUCUCAUGGAAGCCUGUCCAUGCCCUUAUCCACAUAGACUGAUUUGGGC